GUAAACGGUGGGAAAAAUAGAUAGUUAGACAGAUGGACAAUAAAACUACUGACUGCUAGACUAAUUGAUAUCCAAACAACUAGUCAACUUCAAAACUGGACUUACAAGCAAUGACUUCAAAAGAACUAGGCUAUUAACCAUAAAAAUUACACAAAGCACAUAAAAAAUAAAUUUGUUACCAAAAAGUACUCACCUAGGUUUCAAACAUUGCUUUUAAUAUGAAAAUGGCUGAAUUACAGGAAAAAAUGUUGUGUUUGAUAAGUCUAGUUUAUUUGACCGGCCUAGUAGCUGGUGGUAGUAUAGAUACUAUAGAUUUUGACGGAGAUCUCUACGAGGGUGACGAUAGAUCAAUAUUUUCCUCUGGUGGAACCUACUACAUUGCUCUUAAUACUACAUACGUUAUCUACGCUGCCAUUAUUGCUGGAGUGAUUUUAAUCGGUGGUGCUCUGAUUUCUAAACUGCUUGACUCCCAAGCAGCACCAGCUGCUGGCUACGGGAACGGAUACCAGCAACGAGGAGAUUAUGGUCAGGAACAGUUCCAGGGAGCUAGACUCAAGAGACAAGUUGAUGAUAAUUUCACAAACCAACUAUAUCUGUUAGCUGAAGCAUUCAACAAGUAUGAAGUAACUGAGACUGAGUGCCAAUUGUAUGUUGCCUGUGAAUCAAGCCAGGUUCCAAACCAAACCGGAAACUUGAGACUGAACAAGAUCGUCUUCCAGAUAAUGAGCAACAUCAACACAGAAGAAAAUGAGGCAAUGUACAAGGAUGAUCCUCAUAUGUCGGAUCUGAUGAAAGCUUUUAAACUGGGAUUCCUUGGCUCAGACUGUUCCAGGUUCAGAUCAAAGUGUUCAAAUCCUAUCGUUUAAUCUUUCUAAUGUCUCUUAACUUAAUAGAUCGAUUCUAAUCUUUUUAGUGUACUCCAAAUUUAUUAGAUCAAUCCUUAUCUUUCUAAUGUAAUCGAAACUUAUCAGAUCAAUUCUAAUCUUUUUAAGGUAACUUAUCAGAUAUUAAAUCUAAUCUUUCUAAUGUACUCUAAACUUAUCGGAUUAAUUCUAAUCUUUCUAAUGUAAUCGAAAUUUAUCAGAUCAAUUCUAAUCUUUUUAAGGUAACUUAUCAGAUAUUAAAUCUAAUCUUUCUUAUGUACUCUAAACUUAUCGGAUUAAUUCUAAUCUUUCUAAUGUAAUCGAAACUUUACAGAUAAAUUCUUGUCUUUCUAAUGUACUCUAAACUUUA